UAUCUCCAAUAAAUAAUCCUCUCUCUCUCUCUCUCGGGGUGGUUCGAUAAUGGCUCUGCCAUAAAUCAUAACAACAAGCGGAAGGGAAGAAUGGUGACGAGAGAUAUGGAAGCUCAAUACCCUAAGCCACGUUCAUACGGAAGUACCGUGAAAAUGGCGAUCUCUCAGCCUCAACAGUCCGAUAACGAUCGGAGCAGCGGCGAAUUACGAGCCCUAGACUGCAACCUUGCUUCUCUCUGCGAUCACAUUCAGAUGGAGGGUCUUAACUCCGGGGCUUUCUCCGACAUUGUUGUUCAGGCAAUGGGAUCUACUUAUCGUCUUCAUCGGUUAAUCCUCUCUCGCAGUUCAUAUUUCAGGAAUAUGCUUCAUGGUCCGUGGAAAGAAGCUAAUGCACCAGUUGUAACCUUGCAUGUUGAUGAUGACAAUGUUAAUGGAGAGGCCAUUGCAAUGGCCUUGGCAUAUCUCUAUGGACACCAUCCAAAGCUUAAUGACAAUAAUGCAUUCCGUGUUCUUGCUGCUGCAUCCUUUCUUGAUCUUCAGGAUUUAUGUGCUAUCUGCACAGACUUCAUCAUAUCUGAGCUUUGGACUUCAAAUUUCUUGGCAUAUCAGGUAUUUGCAGAGAGCCAAGAUUAUGGUAUACAUGGAGAACGGGUUAGAAGUGCUUGUUGGGGUUACCUUUGUCAAAGUGGUGCUGUGGAGUUGAAGGAGGUGCUGCCAAAACUUUCUUCUCAAACUUUGCAUGCACUACUGACCUCUGAUGAACUAUGGGUACCCAGUGAAGAGGCACGGUUUGAAUUGGCAUUGUACACACUACUUGCAAAAGAUGCGCUUUUGAAAGCUGAACACUCUGACCAUGGAAGCUCAAGCUCUGAGAUGGGAAGAUGUGCCAAUUUUGAUUCAUCGGGAGUAAAAGGCAAGAGUUUAAUUGAUAGCAGCACCGGUAAGCAGCUAAUGGAAUCAGAGCUAGGACACUUAAGUUUAAGGGAUGAUCAUGAAGGCCUGAAAACUGCUCAUAAUAUUCUGGUUGAGCUUGCUGACUGUGUGGUAGAUUUCCAUGCUGGGAUUCCUGAUUCCAGACAACAAGUUGUUAGACAAUCUUCAGGCACUCAAUCAAAUCUAGAAUCAAGAUAUUCCUGCAGGAUGGAACAGUCUUCCUCUUUGGGGAGCUCAUUUUCAGAUCCAAAUGAAAUUAGAAAGUCCUGUGCUUAUGUUGAAAUACCAAAUGAUAUUGAGGCAAGCAGAUUGGGGGGAACUGGAGCAGCUAUGGAAGGACCAUCUGAAGAAGGCACAUGCUACCAUUUAAAUAAUAAUGUUUGGCUUCCCCGAGACCAAACAAGGCACUGUACUUCAGCAAUCUCUUCCUGCAACGGACUUAUGGCUAAUGAGUGGGGAAGAUGUGGGAUGCUACCUCCCUCAUGGGGUGGCAGGACUGUGUGUAGGAGACAGGUGAAAAAUAAUGGCAAAGGGAACUGUGAGAUCCAAGGGGAAGAUCAUGAUGUAUUUAUCAGCCUCUUUGAAGGUGGUUCCCUUCUGUACUGUAACAUGUCCUUUGAGGCACUACUAAAUGUGAGAAAACAGCUUGAAGAGUUGGGAUUCCCUUGCAAAGCCGUGAAUGAUGGUCUUUGGCUACAGAUGCUUUUAAGCCACAGGGUGCAAGAAAUUGGAGCUGAUACGUGCAAAAAUUGCUGCCUUACAAGCAUGGCAUGUGCAUGUAGACAACCAUUUGGGUUUUCACAUGGAGCUACUACAAGUGGUUAUUACAUGCAAGAGCAUGAUCGGAGCAAUCAACUAGGCAACAUGGGAAAUGUGUAUGUUGCUGAUGCAGCUCAAGGUGAAGGAAGUGGGCUUUUUAGGCCUGUGCGAGUGCAUGUUAGAGGGCCUAUAGAUGGUCUUGCUGGUAUUGGGCGUGGGACAACAUUUGUAUCCACAGCUGCCUGGCCUCCCACACGUUUUGUCUUCUCCCGGGUCCCCUUUGGACUGGGAAACCGAAAUUGCCAGCAGCCUCUUGCUAAUGAUGAAUCGGAGGCUAGGGCAGAUGUUAAUGGAGACCUCUCUGGAGAUGGGUUGACAGCAUUGGUUGGGCUCAGCCAAGGGGGGAGCAAUGUCAUUCCUGUUCAUGGAGAUCAAGGUGAGAGAGGAUAUGAACCUGAGUUGCAAAGCAGAUUAGUUGGAGCUUCAGUUGCAGGGCCAAGUUCUAGUGGCAUUCCUGUACAUAUGCUUGAACCACAGGAUCAUACCCUUGGCUUAGAGUGGGAAAAUGCAGAUGCCUCUUCUAUAUCAUUGGAUAUGAAAACACCUUUGCGUCACUUUCCUCCUUUCCGUUUUGGGGUGGAAUUUGAGGAUGUGCACAGGCUCACUGAUGGUCAAGUCAAGCACUCACCAGAAGUAUUCUAUGCUGGCUCUCUUUGGAAGGUCAGUGUUCAGGCUUUUAAUGAUGAAGAUCCACAGGGGCGGCGCACUCUUGGAUUAUUUCUCCAUCGGCGCAAGGCUGAGCUAAUAGAUUCUGUAAGAAAGGUUCAUAUGUAUGUAGAUUCUCGUGAAAAGGUUACAGCUCGUUACCAGUUAAUAUGUCCAUCGAAGAGAGAAGUAAUGGUGUUUGGAAGCUUCAAGCAGACAGGGACUCUGUUGCCAAAGGCUCCCAAGGGCUGGGGUUGGCGCACAGCUUUGUUAUUUGAUGAGCUUGCUGAUCUUCUUCAAGGUGGUGCUUUACGGGUGGCUGCAGUUGUGCAACUUGUCUGAGAUUGAGGUAACUUGUCAUGUUUUGAAAGGUGAACUUCGGCUAUGCAACUCUCAUGCAUAAUACCAUCCAAUUGGUCUUUUUAUUCUGGUACCGGGACAACGAAUUUCAUAAUGCGACUGAGAAGCCAGAUCGCAUAUCUAGCUACAACUGUUCACAAAUUCAAUCUAACUAGAUGCUUUUUCGCUGAAGACAAAAUGUUUCACCUAGGUACCGGGCAUCUUUCUUGUAUUCUAUUUUUAAUCGUCUAUUUACCUGUUAUGAUUGGACAUUAUUUUUUUCCAUGUAAACUGAUGUUGUAAAAAGAUACAAUAAGAAAGAAAUGAGCAAUUUUUAAUUAUUUGUGGACA